GACGCACACAUAUUGAAUUUGCGCGGUUCGUCGUUGUUGUGGGAAGUUGAUAUUUGGCUUAUAAGAAGUUGAAGUUUUCUUUAUUAAAAGAAGAACCGCAGGGUGAAUUAUGUUGAAACGAGAAGCGUUUUUAGCAGCUGCUUGUAAAGAAAAUGCUGAAGACUUUCUGCGCUUUAUCCAACUUCAUAAUGACAAAACGGAGCCGUUUGACGUCGAGGAGGUGGUGCAGGAGAUGCCCAGAGACCAGAGGGACAUUCUGUGGGCUAGAAUGUCUUUACUCUUACAAGAGGUCUUGUCCAAACUGCCCCCUCAGCGCUGGGAUGAGAAGAAGAGUGAGGGACCAGGGAACAUGGACGUGGAGUCGUCUUUGGAUUCUAAACAUGUUCUAGCUAUUGUGGAAGGAGUGACUCUUGUGGCUGCACAGUCGGUGCAAGUCCUUCAGGAUGGUGAAACAUAUUCUGCUCUCUUGGGAAUUGUUAGUGUGCUUCAUGAUGUGCUGGUAUUGCUGCCCAUUUCAGAGGCGCCACUGUUGUCUGCUUUACAUUCUCUGUGUGAGCUGUGGUGGAAAAAGGGACUAGAAGAAAAAGAGAAAUUUGGGCGUACUGCUUUAUACGUGUCCCUGCAAAAGUGCUUCACUCUGAAAAAGCUGAGUGUAGAAAUCCAGCGAAUCUGGAAUCUUCAUGAGGUAGUUUUGACUCUGGACUAUAACUCGGAUGACAACAAGGAGAUAACAGACUUGUUACUUCAGUGCUUUUAUCGUACAGAUAUUAUAAGGAAUGAUGAUGGGAAGAGAUUCCUGGUGUUUCUUUUUAGUUGGAACAUCAACUUCAUUUGGGUCAUUCAUGGCACUAUCAAGAACCAGCUGGAGUUCUUUAGCAAGAAAACUGUAGUACACAUCAUGGAAAUCUACUUCAGAGCUUGGAAAAAAGCUAGUGGGGACUUUUUAGAUAAGAUUCAAAGCAUCUGUAUUCAAGAUUUCAUGCAGAAUGCCAUCCUGCUGCACAGAGCAUCUCCUGUGUAUAGCAAAGUCAGACAGAUUGUGAGCUACUUCCAUUUGAGAAAAGGCUGUCACGAGGUGGACAAGAUGCUAUACACGCUCUACAAGCCCAUUCUCUGGAAAGCAUUGAAUGCACCAAACUCUGAGGUCAGAGCAAACGCCACUCUCAUUUUCACUGAGGCCUUUCCCAUUCAUGACCCAGAUGAUGUUAAGAAUCUUGAUACAGCCGUGCAAAAGCAGCUUGAUGCUGCAAUGAGUCUCCUGGAUGACCCUCAUCCCAUUGUGCGCUCCAAUGCGAUCCUAGGAGUGUGUAAGAUCCUGGCCAAGUGCUGGGAGCUGUUCCCUCCCAUAAUAAUCACAGAUUUCCUGAAGAAGAUUCUGUUAGAACUUGCCACUGACACCAGUUCAGCAGAUGUCCGCUGCUCAGUCUUUAAGUGUCUGACUAUUGUUCUGGACAAUGCUCUAAGCCAUGCUUUGUUGGAGAAACUCCUGCCUAAUCUUAAGUACAGUCUUCAUGACAACUCUGAGAAAGUCCGCACAGCUUUUCUUGACAUGCUUAUCAAAGUCAAGGCAGUGCGUGCAGCCAAGUUUUGGGAUGUGUGCCAUAUGGACCACCUGCUGGCACGCCUCGCCACUGACACCCAGUCUGUGUCGAAGCGCAUUGUCAAUCUGCUGUUCAAGUCUUUUUUCCCUGUAAACGAGCCUGAGAAGGAAUGGUGCUGUCGCUGCAUCACCCUCAUCCAGAUGAACCCCAUGGCAGCUCGAAAGUUUUAUCAGUUUGCCUUUAAGCAUACGGCCCCCACCAACAUAAUUAAGCUGAUGCUGGCCAUUCGCCGUGUUCUGAAUAGCUGUGUCCAGGACUGUGAUGUUUCUGAUAUCAAUGACAGUAACAAAGAGAACAGCACUAUUGAACGUGCAGUAGUGGGAAAAGACAUGGCUGUUGUAGCCAGUCUGCUGGAGAUUGUGGUCAUCCUCUGGAGGAGUGUUCAAAAACCCCUGAAACAAAAUGCAGAGGCCCAGAAAUUUACCUGUGACAAGUUUGGCAGUGUCAUGGGAAAGUACUUUUGUGCCUUUGAGGAUGUACGAUGCACUCCUCCACUUGUACAACUGGCCUCAUUUAUGCCUCCAGCUGCUGUCCCAACCUUCAGCUGUGGGGUCCUGUCAAAGCUGAAGAGGAUGGAGACCGGAGCGGUGCCAAAGCAGUACAACCAGCUGUUGGACUGUCUGUGUAGCUGGGGCCAGGCUGCUGAAAUAGUAGAUCUUAUUAGCAACUGGCUCUCAGAGCCACUGCCUACAGACACAGAUAAAGCUGGUCCCAGUCGAAAGGUCCGUAUUCAGGAAACAGUUGAGGCCAAACCAGAUCUGGCACUGGCCUACCUGGACUACCUGCUCACUCACAGCCAAACCAGAGAAAAGGUCCUGGCACUUGGACAGAGACCACUGAAGCAUCUUCAUUCACUUCUGGGAAACUGGAAGCUCAUCCUAUAUGCUCACCUGAAGUCCUCUGAGGAGCCAAGUGUUGCCAGUGUGCAGACGGCCCUGAAAGCCUUCACAUGUCAUGGGCGCUUUGGGGCUCAUCUGCAACAUAAUUCUUCUGACGAUCGAGAGCAUCUCCUUUCGUUGGAACUGGAUGCCUCCUGGAUAUCUGAGAGAGUACUUCCUUUCAUGGCCAAACCAAAUGAAAAUGGAGGAGGUUUGGGGACACCUCUUUCACUGGCUGUGCAGAUCAUUGAGGGCUUCCUGUCGGUGUGCAGAGAUGUUUUACUCGUGGGUUUAUCUGAUGAGACGUUCAGAGGUCAAAUUCUCCAUCUGUGCUCACUCAUCCUCCUCUCAGAGGCUGGCUAUUUGUGCAUACCGAUGAUACUGCCUAUUUUAAAAGAGGUGGCAGACAGCUAUGCACCAGAUAAUAAUGAGGCCCUGGACAACCCCGAGAAUCCAGCCACUGUCAUUCUUGGUGUGGUGGCCAACAUCUUUCAGAAAAUCAUUGAACUCCUUGCUCGGCACCUGAGAAAGAAUCCUGAGGAGGGACAGCAGCUGUGUCAGUCAUCUGUAGCCGGGCUCGCAGACUUCCUCCAGACUGCCCAGACCUGGGACAGAGCACCUCUGAAUGGGGUCUUCUCCACUCUCUUCGCUGUCAUUGUGGUUGAGAAAAGAUAUAAGCUAAACAAGAUUUCCUAUCCAGAAGAGGUGAUUGUUCCAGAAACAUUGGAUGAUAUGCCUCCUUUACCCAGCAUUCUUCUCUCCACAAUUCUUAAGUCACCAUCAGUAACAAAGUCUUUUCUGGCUGAAAUUAUAUCCUCCUUAGACUCAGAAGCCAUUGAGAGCCUGACUGAGGUGGCUGCGGUCCUCCACAUCCUGGCUGUCAUUAAACACACUGGAAAGUUUAAAUCUGGCCUGAAGAGCGCUGCAGAAUGUGUCCACAGACAGCUCAGCAGACAUGCCAUUGUGGCAGUGGACGGUGGAGACAUCCAGAGGGUAAUUUAUGAAUCUUCUGUCAAGACCAUUAACGACAUCUUGGAUUUAUAAUAUAUUGUUGGGAUUGUUAUGACUUGUAGAAGUAUUUAGAUUUAAAAAAAAUAUAUCUUAAAAAUGAUCAUCAUCAAUAUUUGACUUUUUUAAAAAAGAAAUAAAAUAAAAUGGGGAUGUGCUUAUUUGGC